AUGAAUGUUUAUUAUGCUUUUAUGGAGGCAUUCGAUGCUCUACCCCUCGCCGCAGUUAUAAACGGAAAGUUUUUGGCGCUUCACGGCGGCCUGAGCCCUGAGCUGAAGGUGCUAAGCCAAAUAGGGGGUAUAAAUAGAUUUCAAGAACCACCGCGCGGGGGUUUAUUUUGUGAUCUUCUUUGGGCGGACCCUCUCGAUGAAGCGAGAGAAGACGCAGACGCUCAGCUCGCGCAAAGCACUGACGGGGCUUUCAUACCGAACGAUGUACGCGGUUGUUCUUUUUUCUACGCCUAUGGAGCCGUCAGCACCUUUCUCGAUCGCAAUGGGCUUCUCUCUGUUUUACGAGCUCAUGAAGCUCAGCUAGAAGGAUAUAAAAUGCACCAAACAAACCUUAAAACUGGGUUUCCUACGGUGAUCACAAUAUUUUCUGCGCCAAACUACUGCGAUGUUUAUAACAACAAAGGAGCUGUACUCAAGUUCGAGAAUAACACUCUAAACAUUCAGCAGUUCAACUACAGCCCGCACCCUUAUCAUCUCCCUAACUUUAUGGAUAUCUUUACGUGGUCUAUUCCUUUUGUCUCCGAAAAAGUGACCGAGAUGCUAUACGGCAUACUAAACCCUUCUUUGGAGGAAGCAGAAGAAGACGAAGAGAUAGACAACGUGCAACUACCCCCAGAGGAAAGUCUCAGGGUGGUGAAGAUAAUGCAUGCAAAUAUUGUGCUGGCGGAUGACGGCAGCACCCAGAGAAGCCGACCUCCCAGUGCUGGAACCCCCAUAAGCCGCGAGCGGGCUGAAGCCCUCCGGCGAAAGGUGCAGUCUGUGGGUCGGCUUAUGAGGGUUUUCAAGACGAUACGAGAGGAGAACGAGCUGAUCGUACAGCUGAAGGGCUGCACCCCCGGGGAUCGGAUCCCAGUGGGCCUCCUCAUACAGGGCAGACAAGGCCUCAAAAACGGUGCGGCAGCAGCAGCAGCAGCAGCAGCAGCAGCAGCAGCAGCAGCAGCAGGAGUAGCAGCAGUAGUAGUAGUAGCAGCAGCAGCAGCAGCAGCAGCAGCCACAGUAGCAGGAGCGGCAGCAGUAGUAGUAGUAGCAGCAGCAGCAGCAGCAGGAGCAGCAAGAGGAGCAGUAGCAGUAGCAGGAGCAGCAGCAGGAGCAGCAACAGUAGCAGCAGCAAUACGAACCAAGUCACGGCCCCCUGACGGCAUCGAGGGUUUAGGAAGACCCCACAGAGGCAACGGAUGCAGCCAGCAGCAGCAGCGGCAACAGCAGCAGCAGCAGCAGCAACAGCAGCAGCAGCAGCAGCUACAACAAGUAGCUGCAGCAGCAAGCAGGCGCUGCAGCAGGGGUUACAGCAGCAGCAGCAGCAGCGCCAGCAGCAACGAGCUGACAAAGCGCCAGAGGUUGCAGCAGCAGCAACGGCAGCAGCAGCGGCAGCAGCAACAGCAGCAGCAGCGGCAGCAACAGCAGCAGCAGCAGCAGUAG